CCUCCCCCGCCGCUCCGGGCGCCCGCCUCCCUCCGCCGACUGUCUCCCGGCACGCCGGCCCACAGCCCUUUUGACUGCGAGCGGCGGCCGCCUAGCAGAGGCUGCGACGCGGGACCUGCAGUCGCCCGGGAUUCCCUCCAGGUGACGAUGCUCUGGUUCUCCGGCGUCAGGGCUCUGGCGGAGCGUCCUUGCCGACGCUCGCCUGGGAUUACCUGCUGCGUCUUGCUGCUGCUCAAUUGCUCCGGGGUCCCCAUGUCUCUGGCUUCCUCCUUCCUGACAGGGUCUGUUGCAAAAUGUGAAAAUGAAGGGGAGGUCCUCCAGAUCCCAUUCAUCACAGACAACCCUUGCAUUAUGUGUGUGUGCUUGAACAAAGAGGUGACUUGCAAGAGAGAGAAGUGCCCCGUGCUGUCUCGGGACUGUGCGCUGGCCAUUAAGCAGAGGGGCGCCUGCUGUGAGCGAUGCAAAGGUUGUACCCAUGAAGGAAGAACGUACAACAGUUCCUUCAGAUGGCAAAGCCCGGGUGAGCCGUGCGUCCUGCGGCAGUGCCAGGAGGGUGUUGUCACAGAGUCUGAGGUGCGCUGUGCUGUUUAUUGUAAAAAUCCCUCAGAGCAUCCGGGAGCCUGCUGCCCUACCUGUCCAGGCUGUGUGUUUGAAGGUGUGCAGUACCAAGAAGGAGAAGAAUUCCAGCCAGAAGGAAGCAAAUGUAUCAAGUGCUCCUGUGUUGGAGGCAGGACACAGUGCGUGAGAGAAGUCUGCCCCAUUCUCUCUUGUCCCCAGCACCUUAGUCACACACCCCCAGGACAGUGCUGCCCCAAAUGCUUGGGUCAGAGGAAAGUAUUUGACCUUCCUUUUGGGAGCUGCCUGUUUCGUAGUGAUGUUUAUGACAAUGUAUCUUCUUUUCUCUAUGAUAACUGCACAGUAUGCACGUGCAAGGACUCUACAAUGGUGUGUAAGAAGAAGUGCUCCCAGCCUGGAGUCUGUGACAACAAUGGGGAUGCCUGUUGUGAAGAGUGUCUCCUGCGAGUGCCCCCAGACGAUGGCAAAGUGUGCAAGUUUGGUAGCAAGAUUUUCAGGGAUGGGGAGAUGUGGUCCUCCGUCAACUGUAGCAUCUGCGCUUGUGUGAAGGGGAAGACAGAGUGUCGCAAGAAGCAGUGUGUUCCUGUCAGUAGCUGCCCACAGGGUAAGAUUCUCAACAGGAAAGGAUGCUGUCCCAUUUGCACUGAAAAGCCCGGCGUUUGCACAGUAUUCGGAGAUCCACACUACAACACGUUUGACGGACGGACAUUUAACUUUCAGGGGACUUGUCAGUAUGUUUUGACAAAAGACUGCUCCUCCCCUGCCUCACCCUUUCAGGUACUGGUGAAGAACGACGCGCGCCGGACCCGUUCCUUCUCCUGGACCAAAUCUGUGGAGCUGGUGCUGGGCGACAGCAUCGUCAGCCUGCAGCAGCACCUCACUGUGCGCUGGAACGGCUCCCGCAUUGCGCUGCCCUGCCACACGCCCCACUUCCACAUCGACCUGGAUGGCUACCUCUUGAAAGUGACCACCAGAGCAGGUCUGGAGAUAUCCUGGGAUGGAGACAGUUUUGUGGAGGUCAUGGCUGCCCCCUAUCUCAAGGGCAAGCUCUGUGGUCUCUGUGGCAACUACAAUGGGCAUAAACGCGAUGACCUGAUUGGCGGAGACGGAAACUUCAAGUUCGACGUGGAUGACUUUGCUGAGUCGUGGAGGGUGGAGUCCAACGAAUUCUGCAACAGGCCACAAAGAAAACCAGUGCCAGAGCUGUGCCAAGGCACAGUGAAGGUGAAGCUCCGAGCCCAUCGAGAAUGCCAGAAACUCAAGUCCUGGGAGUUUCAGACCUGCCACUCAACAAUGGACUAUACGACUUUCUACAGGUCCUGUGUGACAGAUAUGUGUGAAUGUCCAGUUCAUAAAAACUGCUAUUGUGAGUCGUUUCUGGCAUACACCCGUGCCUGCCAGAGAGAGGGCAUCAAAGUCCACUGGGAGCCUCAGCAGAGCUGUGCAGCUACUCAGUGCAAACACGGUGCUGUGUAUGAUACCUGUGGCCCGGGCUGUGUGAAGACCUGUGACAACUGGAAUGAGAUUGGCCCAUGCAAUAAACCAUGCAUCGCAGGAUGCCACUGCCCAGCAAACUUGGUCCUUCAUAAGGGAAGAUGCAUCAAGCCAGUCCUCUGUCCCCAGCGAUGACCUUUGUUCCAGUCCAUAAGACUUUGAAAUCUAGUGUCUUUGACACUGAUGUGGAAGAGCCAAUGAAGGACUGUAGUGUUUGUGUGCCCGAUUCCACAAAUACACAGAGUAUAUAUGUGUGUAAAUAUAUAUAGAUAUAUAGAUAUAUUCAAAACAUUUCAUCAUUUAUAUAAACUAUAGGUGGAUUAUUAUAUGUAUAUUUUUUGCUAUAAGACAUGUAUUAUUUCUAGAAUCCUAAUAUCUAAGCCAUUGGAUGCAUCAUAUAAAUAUACAGGUGCUUUUAAUUUAAUAAGGUGGCAUGCAGACCUAUCAGGUGUCUUUAACAUUGCAAGCAUGUCAUUCUGAGGACGUUUCCUGAGAGCCCUCAUGCCUGCCUGCAUUAAUUUAAGAACUGAGUCAGGAUCUUUGAGUGGGAUGGUUUUUGAAGAAGGGUACAUUGUCUAGGGGCAUUUCGUGUUUCCAAAGACUGGAUUGUAUGCCAGAGAAAAACGACUGGGGACAGGCCCUAACGAAUGCAAACCCAGGGGGAGGCUCUCAGACCUCAUUGGGUCAUAGCUGGACAUUGUUUCCAAAACUGGACAGUUGCCAAGAAAUAUGUAUUUUUUUCACUAGGGUAUUGCGAAAAAUCCAAUUUAUUUCCUUUCAUUUUUGCAUAUCCCAUGAGUCUCCUCAUUAUUUAUGCGUGUGUGAUGGAUGUGGCCAUUGGUAUGUCAUGCACUGAAGUCCAAGGGUGUCCGGAUGACAUUUUAUUGAGCAUGAGGAGAUAGUUGGAAAAAUCAUUGCACAGUGCAUAAGGAAAUAGUCAUUUCUCUGAAACCCAGAGCAAUUUAGGAUGGCAAAUCCAUUCAGUCGCCAGAGGCAAUCUCCAUUUUGUCACCAUCGCACAUACAGAGUGACAGCCUUGGCUGUUCUGUACCACCGCUGUCCACUGUCACUUGUGGACAGUCAUGGGUAGCAGGUCUGGGGCAAGAAAGAGGGAUUUUUCUGGCCGCUUGUUGAAGCAUCAUUCCAAAAGAGAAUUGUUUCUAUAUUUGCUCUAAUUUACUGAUGUUACUAAUAGUUAUUGGUUCUUGUUUUCUGCUGAAUGUGUAAAAAUGUCAAAACCAAAAACCAAAAAUCACCAAACCCACCGAUGUCAAAAAGUAAAACGUUCUGCAUUGUAGUCAAUAAAGGGCUUAAGAUCUAAGCAAAUGCGUUUUUCCAUCCUGAUGUCCUGCCUUGUGUUUUGUAAAUUAGCUAAAUUAACUCUGGUUAUUUCAUUUAAGUAAUUUUGCUUAGAUAUCCUUUAUAUGCCCUACAUUAGCUUUCUUUUAAAACAAACCACAUUUUGAAUAGAUAAUAGAAAAUAGUGAAAAUUUGUUAAAGCACUCUCCUUGUAUAUCAAAGGCACAUAUGUUGAUCUUACAUACAUUGCUGCCACUUGAGGUGUUAAUUUGCAUUCCUUCCCCCCCCCCCAAGAAUACUUCUUGUGUGUGAGUCUGUGCACAGUUAAUCUCAGUGUCAUGUGACUGAUGGCACCAGGUCAUCUGGCCCUAUCGCUGCUGGCUGUUGUACUCUGUUCCUGACCUGCCCACAGCCCCUACUGUACGCAGCCUGACUCAGUCCAGGACUUAAUGCAGAGAGGCACUUUAAUGUGUGUGGGGUUUUUGUUGUCUGUUACCUGGGAAACGCUGUUUCGGCACCUAGGCCACACUCCUGCUUAUCUGGACCACAGCUGCACUGUGUUGUGAGCAGGGUGGAGAUUCACAGAGCCGAACAUUCCUACCUCUCUGGCCAACCUUGUCACUAAGGACCCAGGAAACCAGUAAAUGGUAAUCUGGGGUACUGAAGUUUUCAAACAUUUCAGACGACGUAUAUUAUACUUUCUGACAUGGAGGAUGGAGUGAGUUCUGCUGGAAACAGAGUGGCUUCCUUCCGGUUGAGGUUUAGCCCUUUUCUAGGUCACUCUGUGUUUUUCCUUCAUGAAAGAGGGUUGCGGAAAGAAAACGAUACACGAGGGAAAACUGGGGGCAGUUAUUUAGUGCUCGUGAUUCAUUCCCGGACUGAGUAACUUACCCACCAAGGCUAACCGACCUCUUUCCCAACACUCUAAUCAUGGCCAGCUGUGGUAGAUGAAUGAGGAAGGCUCUUUAAUACGGACCAACUUCAUCAUUUUUAAUACGGACCAACUUCAUCAUUUUGGGUGGUUUGACUUGAUGUUUGUGUGACAUAUCCAGAGAUUAGUUUAACUCCUAUACAAUUUAAAAAAUUAAUCUAAGAAGGCAGUGGCAUCAGAUAGAGAAAAGGAUUUUUCAAUAGGCUUAUGAAUCAGACACCUGGCUAAUGGGAGAAGCUGAACUUGGGAGAGUUAGUUAUAUCCGCAUAUUCUAGUUUAGCCAUCACUAAUGCUUACCAAGUACUCACCUAAUAACAGACCUGCUGUAUUUAGAUGGAUAUUCUCAAACCCAAAUGCCAAAGUUUGAUGGUGUAAAAUAGAAUUGUCCUGCUUCCUUCUUGAGUGCUCCAUCCAGGUGGGCAGGGAGAGCAGGCCCACGGUAAGGAAAGAGGUUAAGCGUGGGUCAAAACUGCUCUAUCUGUGCAUGCAGAAUUCUUUAUUGUGCUAUUACCUGUGGAGACUGAGUCUGAUGGAAACCCACCACCCGUUGAUGAAGUUCAAACACAGCUCUGAUUCUAGUUGGGGCUUAGGUUGUACUUUUCCUCUUUCUGUCAAGACUAUUGUACAUUCCUAACUAAAUGUCUGGACUAAGAAGUAAAGGCUCUUUAACAUGA